AUGGAGGGUAACAUCAGGGUGGAUGGAAAUGCAGAAGUCGAGAGACACGCUGCCAAUCUACGAAUGCAGGGAUGUAUGAGUGUUUUGAAGAAGCAAACAAAGGCGGAAGAUGACGCGAAUGGAGGAGGGGCGAUGGAGCGUAAAUGGCGGAUCUCGAUAUGUUCCCACCCGCGAGCUAUCCGCACAUCCCAGCCAGAUUCCUCGUCAUCCUCUUCCCCAGCUCCCGAAACUAGGUCUCGCCACCGGCUUCCGAUCUGA